AUGAGGCGGGAGGUUUCUACCUUGAAAAAGGAAAACAAAACUGUUCUAACAAAGAUGAAGAGGUUGGAAGAUCAGGCCGAGGCUACCACUAAGGCCCAACAGAUGGCCGAAGAAAAAGCGGAAUCUGCUGAGGCUAUCAGAAAAGUUGCCGAGGCCGAGAAAAAAGAGGCCGAAGUAAAAAAGGCUCAAGCCGAAAAAGAGCUUCAGAAGGCUUUGGCCACCAAAAAAGCCGAAAUCAAGGAAGCCGAUAAGAAGGCUUACGCCCAGGGCAUGGCUGACGUCACUGAGGAAUAUAAACUUCAAGUCAAGCAGGAUGAUGAUGAAGCUUUGGUAAGGAAGCCCAAGGAUUCCAGUGAGACCAAGUCUCCUCCUCAGGAGGAUCAAGUCCUAGACUUGACUCAUGAGGAGGAUGAGGAGGUUAUCAAGGAGACCACUCCUGAGCAAGCAUCAUCUGAUGUUCCUCAAAUCGGCAAGAGCGUUGAUGAAACCAUUGCUAAGAUCAACGCCGAGAUUGCUGCAGAUAAAGAAGCCGAGGUAUCUCUUCAGGAGACUUCUGAGGUUCAGAUCCAGCCAGAUGUUGAUGCUGAGAAGUCUUAA